CCCAGUCUGCCCCAGAUCACGUUUGCCACCAGCAGCCAACCAGUCGGGCCCAAGUCCGCGGGCAAGAAGCGAUUGGGGGCGAGUGAGCUCGGCCCUCUAGUCCCCCGUCCGGGUGCCUCCAGGCCGGGUCACCGCCGCCCGGCCCGAGGCGGUAUAUCCUGCCCUCCCCGGCCACCUCCCCCCUCGUGGAAGCGGAGCGGCGGCCUCGCUGUAACGCAGAGGCGAGAUGUAGCGAGCCGGGUGUCGCGGCUGGACGCUAGCCUUGGCUGGGGGUGUGGGGGGGCACGCCGGGGCCGAGGAGGACUGCUGAGGAGGAGUGAUGAGAAGAGGGGGUACCCUGCAGCCCCCGAGACCACGGGCCCCUGCUGCCACUCGCCAGGCGCCCCCCUUCCUCCCAAGCGAGGGGCAGGUGUUCCACACAGAUUCUCGUGACUUUAAAGACCAGGGACUUGGGGAGGUACAAGGUCUGCUCAGGAAGGGAGGAAAUCUCUGGAAGAGAGGGGAGAGGCUGCAGACACUGCCCUGGGACCAUCAGAGCCCGAGGAGCCGUGGGAAGCUGGAGGAGCCCAGCAGAAGGAGCAGGAGAGAGCCACAGCCCCAGGCCGAGGCCUUGUUCUGAAAGAUUGAACUCAGGCUACUUUUGACGAAAGAGGGGCCUCUUCAGAGAGGGCACCCCAGACUUUGGUUGGGCUCUUCUACUCUGGAUGCCCCCUGCUCUGAGGAGCCUGCUGCUGAGAACCAAAGAAGAUAAGAGCCAGACACGUUUCCCCCAAGCACAGAGCUGGUCGGUUGGAGUCAGGCGUCUGCACCCCUAGUGGCUGGCUGCUGAGUCUGGUGAGGAGUUUCUUGUUUCCCUCCAGCUCGCAGCUUCAGUGCUUGAUGGGGCUGCCUGUUGGUGGAUCAGUUUUUGCAGUGCCCGGUGGGAGCGGAGAGCCGUGGGAAGAGGUCCCGCGGCACCCAAGCCUGGGUUCACCCCAAGACUAAGUUCUUUCCCAAGUUAGAGAGGGAGAGAGAAAGGAAAAACAGAGAGGAAAGUUCUCCCUUCCCCUCCUCCCUGCCUGUCAUGUCCUCUAAGUCGGAGCCGAAGGACGUCCACCAGCUGAACGGGACUGGCCCUACUGCCUCUCCUUGCUCUUCCGAUGGCCCCGGGCGAGAGCCCUUGGCCGGGACCUCAGAGUUCCUGGGGCCUGAUGGGGCUGGGGUAGAGGUGGGGAUUGAGUCUCGGGCCAACGCCAAGGGGGUUCGGGAGGAGGACGCCCUGCUGGAGAACGGGAGCCAGAGCAACGAAAGUGACGACGUCAGCACAGACCACGGCCCCACACCACCCUCCCCGCUCAAGGAGACCUCCUUCUCCAUCGGGCUGCAAGUGCUGUUUCCCUUCCUCCUGGCAGGCUUUGGGACUGUGGCCGCUGGCAUGGUGCUGGACAUCGUGCAGCACUGGGAAGUCUUCCAGAAGGUGACAGAGGUCUUUAUCCUGGUGCCUGCGCUGCUGGGGCUCAAGGGGAACCUGGAAAUGACCCUGGCAUCGAGGCUCUCUACCGCAGCCAACAUCGGACACAUGGACACACCCAAGGAGCUCUGGCGAAUGAUCACUGGGAACAUGGCCCUCAUCCAGGUGCAGGCCACGGUGGUGGGCUUCCUGGCGUCCAUCGCAGCCGUCGUCUUUGGCUGGAUCCCUGAUGGCCACUUCAGUAUCCCGCAUGCCUUCCUGCUCUGUGCUAGCAGCGUGGCCACAGCCUUCAUUGCCUCCCUGGUACUGGGUAUGAUCAUGAUCGGAGUCAUCAUUGGCUCUCGCAAGAUUGGGAUCAACCCAGACAACGUGGCCACACCCAUCGCUGCCAGCCUGGGCGACCUCAUCACCUUGGCGCUGCUGUCGGGCAUCAGCUGGGGACUCUACCUGGAACUGAAUCACUGGAGAUACAUCUACCCCCUGGUGUGUGCCUUCUUUGUGGCCCUGCUGCCUGUCUGGGUGGUGCUGGCCCGACGGAGCCCAGCCACAAGGGAGGUGUUGUACUCGGGCUGGGAGCCUGUGAUCAUUGCCAUGGCCAUCAGCAGUGUGGGAGGCCUCAUCUUGGACAAGACUGUCUCAGAUCCCAACUUUGCAGGGAUGGCUGUCUUCACACCUGUGAUUAACGGUGUUGGGGGCAAUCUGGUGGCAGUGCAGGCCAGCCGCAUCUCCACCUUCCUGCACAUGAAUGGGAUGCCGGGGGAGAACUCUGAGCAAGCUCCUCGCCGCUGCCCCAGUCCUUGUACCACCUUCUUCAGCCCUGAUGUGAAUUCUCGCUCUGCCCGGGUCCUCUUCCUCCUCGUGGUCCCAGGACACCUGGUGUUCCUCUACACCAUCAGCUGUAUGCAGGGCGGGCACACCACGCUCACACUCAUCUUCAUCAUCUUCUACAUGACAGCUGCACUGCUCCAGGUGCUGAUUCUCCUCUACAUCGCAGACUGGAUGGUGCACUGGAUGUGGGGCCGGGGCCUGGACCCAGACAACUUCUCCAUCCCAUACUUGACUGCGCUGGGGGACCUGCUUGGCACUGGGCUCCUAGCACUCAGCUUCCAUAUCCUCUGGCUCAUCGGGGACCGAGACACGGAUGUCGGGGACUAGCUUGGUCACUCUACCUUCUCCCCAUCCCUCCGCACUUUCUAUUUGAAAUUUUUCUUUUGUUCCCUUGUCCCUAUCCCACCCCAUACUCCCACCUCUUUCUAGGACUUCACUUUGAUACCAAGUUCUCAUUAUUUUCAAUGGGAAUUUUUAUACAUUGAGCCAAGUUUAUAUAGCAAGAAUUCAGGAAGGACAGGUGGACUGAGAUGAGCAGUACAAGUAGAUUUUUGAGACAAUCACCAAGUGCAAUUUCAUGGUGGGUGCCUCCAGGUGAGGUGGAUUGGGGGCAGGGGGCUUUUGUCUAGGGUCUGGGGACAUUUGGUUUGGCUUUAGCAACCUCAGUCUUGGUCCUAAUGAGAAACCCUUUGUGAGUGGGUUUUGGUUUUUGGUUCUUUUCUUUUUCUUGGUUGAACAGAGGAAUAAGUAACACUCCCAAACACACACAUACUUUUGUAGACAUGGACCAAUUUCAAAGCCCUGGGCAGGAGACAGCUGCUCCCACCCCUCAAUAAUCCCAGUCCUACUCUGCCUUCUGGACCUAGGCCUUUCUGCUCUCAGAAUGACUAAGGUGGACUGACCAUUCAUUUUGUGCCCAUGUCUCUUACCCGAUUGCCUGAUCAAUAUCACCAGUCCCUCCCUCUGAUCUUUUUCAAUUGGUUAUCACAUCCAGGAAGAAAUGAACGGUGGCCUCAUCUCCCUGCUGACCCAUGUCCACUCAUAGGUUUCCCAAAACCCACAUUCUUCCUGGGCCCAAAGGACUGAUUCUUUGUCUCUGUCCAACCUUCAUCUCUAAUUGUGUCUAAGCACUACCUUCCCCAGAGCUCACCAGGUUGGGUUCUGGGAUUAGGGGCAUCAUGGGUAUCUGGGGAAUGAUUUGGAGGUUGAGGGCAACCAGGGGUGUUUCAUUGCUGCUGUUUCUCCUGAGGACAUAAUCAUGUGGUCACCUUGGACUCUGACCCUUCCUAAAAUCAGUCGUCCUAUCAUGCCAUGAAGGUCAGUUUUCCUCUCUCUUGGCUUUUACCCACAAACAGUCAUCAUUCAUUCAUUCAUUCACUCAUUCAACAAAUACGCAGCUUCCCCAAGAUGAGCUCUUCUGCGGCAUGAUCUGAAACAUUCAUUGAACAAUAUUUAUUGAGUGCCUACUGUGUGUUAGGUACUGUGCCAGGCACUGACUAGCCAGUGGUGAGGGGAACACAGCUCUAACCGCCCCUCAUUCCCCAGGUUACAAAGGCAGACAGUUUCCUCCUUGUAAGUAUUCUCAUCUACUUCACCAACCCGGGUUCCGCCUGUUUCUUCUGCCUAGAUCCCAACUCUGCAGUGCUGACCACGGCUAGAGCCGCCAGCCCCAUCGCCCAGCCAGUGUUCGUUUCCCUAAACUGCCCUUCCUCACCUUCCCUUCCCUCCACUCCUCUCCAGGCACCCAAAAGAGGAUUUAGAACUAGCAAGCUGACAUCCAACUGAUUGCUUCUACUUUUCUCUGCCUAGCACAAAAUUGGGAGAAAACUGGAGCCUCUGCCUCUUCCCCACACAUUGCUCCAAACAGCUCAGAGAUCUGUCCACGCUCACACGCGUACAAAUCUAGGCAUUUGGGUGUAGGCUUUCUCUAGCCUCUCCAUAAGCCCUGCCCUCUAUAGCCUCCUCCAAGGGAAGGCUUAGGCAAUGACCCUGUUUCUGCCAACGCCACGCCUUAUCCCAGGAACUUGCUGUAGACCUCCAGAGAGACUCUUUCCUCUCCCUUCAUGUCUACCCAGACCACCUUCUGGAAUCAUAGAACCUUAGGAUUGGAAGGAAUUGUAGAGGUUAUCUAGUUGGAGUUGUGUCCAACAGAGCUCAUUAACACCAGCCUGGGCUUGUUUUUGCUCUUCCCUCCAGACUUCUUUCCUCUUCAUCUUCUUCUCCACCUCAAAACAUGCUCGCACACAGACUCUCCUUGUACAGGCACCAAACCAACUCCUCUGCCCCGAGGCUGUGCCCCUGUGACCUCCAGCCACCCUUGUCCCAGUCUUUCACUCCUUCCUCAUCUCGAGAGUUCAGCCAGGCGGUCCUGGAAGACUCUGGAGUGUCUGCCUAGAAAUCUGGAAGAUAGGCAUGCCCCAGGCCCUGAGUGUGUGAGCAGAGGAGGACUGGGGUAAGAGGGAAAGACAGAGAAGUUGACUUUCAUGGAAGAUUUCUUUUCUCCUGAUUGCACCAACUGCGCGUACUUUCGGCCCGGCUGUAAGGAGCAAUAUUGGUUUACUCUUGUAUCCUUAAAAAGUUACAGAACUGUGUCUUAAGAGAAUUAUUUAUAGUUACUAUAACUGAAUUGACAAAUGUCAACUUAACUGAUAAAUUAUAUUUGGUAAAAUAAAGAGGACGUUUAUUUA